UUGUGGAACUAAGAGCUGCAUCCGAGUGCAUGACUGCAAAUCAAUAAUCGAUUGUUACUUCGAGUGCUACACACAUUUGGCUGGGAACAAGCUGGACAGGAGCGAUCAAUAAUCCUUCAAUUGUUGUGAUUACUUCAAUGGCAUGGGACUAUGCACAACUGCCAACCAGCGCUGACAUUUCGAGACCGUCGCACGCCUAUUAGUAGUCCAGAAUUCCAUGACCCCAUCCCCAUUGGCCAGCGGACAGGACGAGCGAAAACCGAUAGCCAAGCGUAGCGUACCACAAUGAGCAGUCCCGGAGAGCGCUCUGGCGACAAGUCCCACAUAUUUCAGAUACGCAUCGACAGCGUGGAUGAGGAGAGCACCGCUCCGAUAACGGCUGCCAGCUCACGAGAGGAUCUCAUCCGCAGCACAGCCCAGGAGUGCGACCAGCCCAGCGAGCAGUUGAUAUUUCAGUUCCCCCGAUUCCUUUCGGUGCCAACGCUGCGCAGUCCACGUCCUGAGACGACCUCACAGCGUGAUGUGAUGUCCAGUCCGGCCAAGAGCGAGCGCAUGAUCCGCCACAGCCAGACCAAGCUGCGACCGCGACGCCUCAGCCAGGACAGCGGCAUUGUGGCAGGCCGACUGAUCGGCUAUGGGGAGCCCGAUCCACACCUGGGCAUAAUGGAAUCAGGGCGAGAUAGAGCCGACGGCAUCUACAACUACCUGACGAACCCGAACCAGCCGGAGAGCACUCCCGCCGUGGUGGCCAAGCCUGCCACUCCGAUCCUGCCGAGGUCCAAGCGCACGGAGGCGAGCGCCUGUCGGGCCAAUUCGGCGGCCUACACGGAAAAGUGGCUUAACGCCUCUGUGGUGCGAGCCAGCAACGGCUCCUUGUACCAAAAAUCAAACUCAAUUGCCAUGCCGCUGCCCACCCACCUGGAGGGGGACUCGGCAGAGCCCAGUCCCACGCAGGCCUUUGGCCCGAAGAUUGUCGGUAGUCAUGACGAGGAUAUUCCGGGCACAGCCAUGCGCCGCACGCUGGCACUUAAUCUGAGCUCCACCCUGGGCGGUAACAGGUCGAGCUCGGAGGACCGGGUGAAUCAGUCGUACGAGGUCAUGGAGUCCUCGCACUCCAACGUGUUGGCCGACCAGUUUGGCUACCGGCAGCUAAUGCCCACUGAGCGCAAGGCCUCCGACACUACGAGCAGCAUCAGCGGCAGCUACUACGGCAGCCGGAAGGCGAGCAAGAGCAACAGCAUUACGGGUGACUCGGGCGACGAGCGGCGACGCAUCAGCAAGCAGGACCGGGAGGGGCUCGAUCCCGAGUCACUCAUGUUUCGCGACGGGCGGCGGAAGGUGGACAUGGUGCUGGCCUGGGAGGAAGAGGAUCUGGGUGUCAUGACGGAGGCGGAGGCCCGUCGGCGCGACCUCAGGCGCAGCUUCAUGGAGAACCUGGUCAAGGAGGGCCUCGAAGUGGAGCUGGAGGACAAGUCGCAGUCGUUCAACGAGAAAACCUUUUUCCUUAAAAUCCAUCUGCCUUGGCGCCUGGAAACCAGACUCGCCGAGGUCAUGAACCUAAAGCUGCCCAUCAAACGCUUCAUUACCAUAUCCGUGAAGCCAUCCUGGGAUGAGGAGAAUGUGGUCCUGCGGAAUGUGCAGUACUGGAGGGAGGUAUGGCAGCGCCUGACCAAAAAGAUUCAGCUCGAUCAGAGCUUGCUGGAGGGAGAGACAACCUUCAAAAGAGCCACAGCAAAUGGAAACCCCGAAGAGCAAUUCAUCGUCAAGGAUCGGGCCACGGCCUUCACCAGUGCCCAGCGCUCCCUGAUGGUCAUGCAGGUGCUGAUACGCACGCCCUACGACGAAACCGAUCGGAGUGGGAUACGGCGGCUGAUGAACGAUGGCACCUAUCUGGGCUGCUUCCCGCUGCACGAAGGGCGCUACGAUCGGCCGCACUCCAGCGGCAUCUCCCUGGACAGGCGGGUGCUCUACCAGACCUGGGCACAUCCCUCGCAGUGGUACAAGAAGCAGCCGCUGUGCCUGGUGCGCAAGUACUUUGGGGACAAGAUAGCGCUGUACUUCUGCUGGCUCGGCUUCUACACCGAGAUGCUGGUGUAUCCCUCCGUGGUGGGCACUCUCUGUUUCAUCUACGGCUUGGCCACCCUGGAGUCGGAGGACAACACGCCCAGCAAGGAGAUAUGCAACGAUUUGGGACCCGGCAACAUCACCCUCUGCCCGCUCUGUGACAAGGCGUGCAGCUACCAGAGUCUGUCAGACUCCUGCCUCUUCUCACGUCUCACUUACCUGUUUGACAAUCCCUCCACUGUGUUCUUUGCCAUAUUCAUGUCAUUCUGGGCCACCACCUUUCUGGAGCUAUGGAAACGCAAGCAGUCGGUCCUUGUGUGGGAGUGGGAUCUGCACAACGUGGACAUGGAUGAGGAGAACCGACCCGAAUUCGAGACCAAUGCGACCACAUUCCGCAUGAAUCCCGUCACACGCGAAAAGGAGCCCUACAUGUCCACCUGGAACCGGGCCAUUCGAUUCGUUGUCACCGGCAGUGCUGUGCUCUUUAUGAUCUCCGUGGUCCUGUCAGCUGUCUUAGGCACCAUCCUGUACCGCAUUACGCUGGUGUCUGUCAUCUAUGGCGGCGGUGGAUUCUUCGUGAAGGAGCAUGCCAAACUUUUCACCAGUGUCACGGCCGCAUUGAUCAAUCUGGUGGUCAUAAUGAUACUCACACGAAUCUACCAUCGAAUGGCAAUCAAGCUAACGAAUUUGGAGAAUCUGCGCACCCACACCGAGUACGAGGACUCCUAUACGUUCAAGAUCUUCUUCUUUGAGUUCAUGAACUUCUACUCGUCGCUCAUCUACAUUGCCUUCUUCAAGGGCCGCUUCUUCGACUAUCCUGGGGACGAUCAGGCGCGUCGGAGUCAGUUUUUCCGCCUGAAAAACGAUAUUUGUGAUCCGGCGGGAUGCCUGUCGGAGCUCUGCAUACAACUGGCCAUCAUCAUGGUGGGCAAGCAAUGCUGGAACAACUUUAUGGAGUAUCUGUUCCCCAAGUUCUGGAACUGGUGGCGUCAGCGGAAGCACAAACAGGCGACUAAGGACGAGUCGCAUCUGCACAUGGCCUGGGAGCAGGACUAUCAUAUGCAGGAUCCGGGUCGCCUGGCCCUCUUCGACGAGUACCUGGAGAUGAUUCUGCAAUAUGGCUUCGUCACUUUGUUUGUGGCGGCCUUUCCUCUGGCCCCGCUCUUUGCGCUCCUCAACAACGUGGCCGAGAUCCGGCUGGACGCAUACAAGAUGGUGACGCAGGCCAGGCGACCACUGGCCGAGCGUGUCGAGGAUAUCGGCGCCUGGUACGGCAUCCUGCGCAUCAUCACCUACACGGCCGUCGUUUCGAACGCCUUCGUGAUUGCCUACACCAGCGACUUUAUACCGCGAAUGGUCUACAAAUUUGUCUAUUCGGAGACCCACACCCUGGCCGGCUACAUCGAGCACUCGCUCUCCAUAUUCAACACCUCCGACUACAAGGAGGAGUGGGGCGCCACGGUCAGUGAGCGCGAUCCAGACACCUGUCAAUAUCGGGGCUAUCGGAACGGCCCCAAGGACUACGAACCGUAUGGCCUGAGCCCCCACUACUGGCACGUGUUUGCCGCUCGUCUAGCCUUCGUUGUGGUUUUUGAGCAUGUUGUGUUUGUAAUCACUGGCAUCAUGCAGUUCAUCAUACCCGAUGUGCCGUCCGAGGUGAAGACGCAGAUGCAGCGCGAACAGCUGCUGGCCAAGGAGGCCAAGUACCAGCACGGCAUCAAGCGCGCGCAGGGCGACAGCCAGGACAUCAUGAGCCUGUUCCGCGAUGCCAGCAACCGGACGUCGGUGGCGGCCGGCAGCCAGGGAUCCAAUCGCGGCAGCUGGGCACGCCGCUUCAGUCGGCUCAGCGACGGACUCGAUGCCCAUGUGGAGGUGGCCGCACGGCCUCGACGGUCGGUAGAGUCCACCGUCUGGGAGGUAUCCUGACACGAGGAGGAGGCCGAGAGCGAGGCCAACGUGUCGAGCAAGAGAUGAGACCGUAACCGGCAGACCACGAGCAGUGCCGAGUAAACAUCCAAGAAACAUAAUCACCUCCAUCAUGUCAAUGGAACUCCUUUUCCCCCCAUUCGCAAAUUAUUAUUAAAUGUCGACUGUCCGUCCACUGGUUAUGUUUGUAGCUUUACCGAUCUCAUGCUACUUGUAAAUAAAUCCUUUUGAAUGUUGUAAGU